CAAAUUUCUAUGGGUUCAUAACAAAAUAUCCGAGAAUCCAUUCACAAUCAAUCUAAUCGUACGCGCGGUCUCGUUUAACAAUACGAAUUGAGAUUGGCGCGCUGCUUUCUUCUGUAUUUCGAAUAGAAAACAAUACUCAUUCGACUCCAAUAUUUUUUAAAUUCACUUCUGGAGGACAGCAUUCCCGGGCCUGCCUCACGGGCAGUUCAUUUACCGCCGGGACGUGAACGUGAGAAGCCGAAUUGCUUUGAAGUGGCAGAAGCCCUCGGGGCCGUCCGGUUCUCGGAACAAUAGGAAUUAUCUCGUCCUUGUGUUGGCAGCAUCGCGUUGUUGACUGGCGCAGUGACGCUGCAGGCGUAUAUAUAUAGAAAGAUAUAAUGAUUGCAGAAUCCUCGUGUGAAAGCCUUCAUAAUGAAUUGCUGGGAUGCCGACCAUGGAACCUAAGCCUGGUCAGCGUGAUCAUCCUGGCCUUCUCGAACAUGCUGCUCACCUUCUUCCUGCUGCAGUCGGAGAACUGCCGUUCCGGGGACGUGAGUCAUCCGCUGGAGGCCAAUCUGUUCACGGAAUGGAACCUGGGGUCGUUUGCCCAGGAUGUGCCAACGUCGCGGCCUUGUUCCGUUCGGAGCUACCAGACGGUUCCUGACGAAGAGGACACCCUGAUGAUCGACAUCCGUCGCGGAAGAUGGGACGCACGUCGGCUCUUCAAGACCUUUGACGCUGUGCUGACUGGAUCGGGAUUCUCAAGCCUGUCGGAGUCUCAUCUGGUCUCUCUGGCCACUCAGAGCUCAGUGGAGAAGCUGCACUCGAUCGUCCAGGUCGCUCAUCAUUGGACUGGACCAAUAUCGGUCGCUCUUUAUGCCGCCGGCGACGAGGAGUUUGACGUGCUCCAGAAGUACCUGGUCUACCUGAGGAAGUGCUAUCCUCCGAUCAGGGACCGGGUACUGUUCUCUUUGCUGAUGCCCAAGGACAGGAUGCCAACUAAACAGCCGAGGAGGUACGAGCUACCGGAGGACGUUGAUUGCGUUAAACCGGAAGCCACGCUUCAGCAGCUCGUCUCGCGUAUAUCCAGUCAGCAAACCGCCUGGCGCGUUCAGAAUACCUAUCCGCAGAAUCAUCUGCGCAAUCUCGCCAGGAAGAACUGUCAGACUGACUAUGUAUUCUUGACGGAUGUUGACAUCGUACCGAGCUUCAAUUUGACUCAAGGGCUCAAUGAAUUUCUUAAAAGUGCCAAUUGCGACAAGUGCGCUUACGUUAUACCCACCUAUGAGCUGGAUACGCGUGUUCGAUUUCCGUAUAAUAAAUCUGAACUGGUGAGAAUCGCCGAGAAGGGACUUGCCAGACCGUUUCAUCAGAAGGUCUUCAUUCACAACCAGUUCGCCACCAACUUCACAAGAUGGGUUCAAGACGUCAAGCCAGGUAACAAGGGUUACGCGUACGUAAACAAAGGCAAGGUCUACGUUUGUCACGAUGUGACGAACUUUGAAUUCCUGUACGAGCCUUUCUACGUGGCAAAGGACAUCGCUCCGAGUCACGAUGAGAGAUUCAUGGGUUACGGUUACACGAGAAACACCCAGGUGUACGAGAUGUACGUUGCUGGUUAUCAGUUCAAAGUGUUGUCGCCCAUCUUCACUGGUCACUGGGGCCUACAGACCAAGAAGGGAAGACCCGCAUGGCGAGAGAAGCAGAACAACUUCAAUAGGAAACACUUUGACGUAUUCAAGAAGGAAGUCUUUGCUAGAUACAUGAGGGAUCCGCUCAAGAUGGUUAAGAAGAGUCGGUAGGCUCUGUGAAGAUCGGUCAGGACCAAUAACCAACGAGAGAUCAGAUUGGUCUUGUAAAGUCAAGAAAAACAUAGCAAGGAUCUUCUUUGGUAGCGGGAUAAAGCUGAGCUAGAAUAUUAAACUAGACUUAGCGAAAUGCCGGAUGAGAGCCAGACGCAUCGGUUGCGUCGGGAUACAUAAAGGAACUCUAUGUAAAACAGGAAAAUAGGUCCGACUAGCAGGAACGGAACGAAGAGGUAUGAUGGAGGGGCCUGGGACAUUCGAAGUUAUCAAGAAAAUCGCUGGGAGACGGAGUACGGUCGUUUAUACUAGACUGUAUAAAGUGCUGGAUGUCCCUUGCAACGCGGCUGAACGAUGUAGUAACGUACGGAUCUAUGGGGUAGCGCAAGUCGAGCAAAGUCCUAUGUGCUUUAGAGAGAAAUACCCUUUUACGUUUAACUGUUAUUGCGUGCGAGCCGGAAUGGCUGACAGGAUCUUUGGUUAUUUGAAAUCGAGUUAGGUAAUAGAAUUUGAUAAAGUGUCUGCGAGAAAGUGGGAUAGAGUAACGUAAGGAUAAUUUAUGUUUCAGGCGCAAUAUAUUGUCUACGGGUACGUUAAACGUGUGUAAUACGGUGUCGCGUGUACGUACGGUGAAUUUUAAUCGAAACGAUAAAUUUUGCGGUUGGGAAAUUUUAAUGGUGUCGGUCUUGAAGCUUGUCCUAGGUACUUGUUUUCUUUUUCAAUUUAUUUUUUUAUCUACGAUCUCAUGUACUUUAAGACUCCCACUUGGUCACUCGUCGAAUGUGGAAGUGGGAUUGGAACCGCCGUGGGAGACUACGGUUUUUUUUUUUUUUUUACGAAGCCCGAAAGCAUCCUUCUAACGGUAUUUAGUAUUACUUUAUACGUGGUCAAGAAGAGUUCUAAUUGUGCGCAUGUACGUCUGUGAAAUCCCACGUGGUGUCCUCCGACUGGAAUUACUUGUUAAAUGUGCUCAAGAAUCCCGUACGUAUCAUUGUAGUACUAAGCAAUAUAGUAGAACACAGAAUUAUUGAUUAAGUAGAAAACUUUUGUAUAGUAGUUAAUUUUUACCUCAACACUUGUAAACUCGAUUUAGGAUCUUAUUGAUUCGUGAUAUUUGUAAUCUAAGUAAUGAAAGGAUUUAUCGAUCGUCUGACAAUCUAGUCGUGAAUUAUUAACGAGUUCACAUUGUGUGUAACUUUUUAUGGUUUGCCAUUGCGAAUAAACAGUGCCAACAAUAAUUCGUAAUGCUAUUUCAUAAAUUAACAGAUGAUUUCGUCUCUUUGAAGUUUCAUGAUUGAAAAUGGCUCGGGUGAGCUCAUUGUACAUUUAAAUGAGCGAUUCAUAAUUGAAAUUUUAUAUACGUAAAUAGAUUUCACUGUAUGCUAAUAUAAAUCAAAUGAAAAUUUAAUUACUAGUCCAUCAUGAUGAUUUACAUGCGAUUUCUCUUCGCACGGUGUCGUUAUUUGUAUGCACCCAAACUAUCAUUGCUCACUUCACUUAUGGUAUUACUGCUCAAUGAAUGGACAAAAUAAUAUUACAGAAACCAUGGCGAAAGACUUAUAGCUUGAGAAAAAGAGUGAGAAAAAAAUAAAAUACAGAGUAAAUAAUACUUUUGUUCUGGUAUUGCUGGGCAGGUGCUGCCUCCGACAAAUUUUUUAACGUUUACUACCUGUAAUUGUUAUUCACCAUAAUUUCUGGUGUCUAGCUGUUCCUUGUCGUAGUUCCUGGUUUCUGUAAUUUAUUUGACCCACCGAUUCUCAAUUUUGUUAUACCAAUAAUUCGUGAUAACUUUUGUAGUAAAGGGUUGAAGGAACGGUUUGAUAUAUUGAAGAAUAUAAUGUAAUACCUUGAAAA